AUGGACGGACCCAAAGCCAUCAAAUAUUAUGAUGCGUACACACGCCAGAUUAAAAUCUCGCGUAAUUUCCAAUUUUCUUCGAAUUCCCCGGACCAUUUGCCCGGCAACGCGCCUCACGUGUCACAAGAGCAAAUAGGAUCUGACGUACCUAUCCUCACAGCACAGCGUGAGGGGGAGCAAAAUAUAUUUCCGGGCACUUUACCUAGCAAUGCGUCAGACGUGCCGCAUGCGGAAAGGAGGCCCGAAGUCCCAAACCUCACAACGACCGCAGACGUGCAACGCGAGGGGGAGUUAGGGACUUCCGCGCCACAGUCACCUGCCAAAAAUCCACGAAAGCGCAAACAGGAUGAUGAUCCUGAUCAACGCGAGGAAAGCGGGACGGACGCACCAAGCCAGCUCAGACGAACCAGAAGAAAGACAGUUCGGCAUGAUUACCGUCUAAUGCACGACCCAGAGGCAGACGAAGAUCUGGAUAAUGAUCCAGAUCAAUCAAAUGCCGAAUUAGUCUAUAUUGCGAUGAGCGCCCACGGAAAUGCGGAUGCAGACAAGCCAAAGAUGCUUAGUGAUGCCAAGAGAUCACUCGAGUGGCCCAAAUGGGAACAGGCAGUCUAG